UGCAGAGAGUUGAGGCAAUCUCUUCUCUUAUUUUGGCCCCUCCCUCUCAGAAGGGAAGCGAGGUGUGUGUGUGUGUGUGGGAGAGUUUUCCCUUAAUUCCCGUUUCCUCCAGCCCUCUUCGCAAAUUGAAAACGCGCGUCGCAUCCCUCGCGAGGGAUGAAGCGCUCGUCGGAGCCCCCUUCUUGGCGGGCAUAGAAUGAGGCGCUGGCGUCGUCAGUCUCCCCCCGACCGGGAUUUUGCUGCCGAUCUUGUGACCCGCUUCGUAAAGGACAUUGAAACAUGCCAUUAAUCAAAAGGAAUAUUGAACCUCGGCACCUCUGCCAAGGAGCAUUACCUGAAGGAAUUACUAGUGAAUUGGAAUGUGUAACCAAUAGUACUCUCGCUGCCAUCAUACGUCAGCUAAGCAGCUUAAGCAAACAUGCUGAAGACAUAUUUGGUGAGUUGUUUAAUGAAGCCAACAACUUUUACAUCAGGGCAAAUUCUCUUCAAGACAGAAUUGACUGUCUGUCUGUCAAGGUUACUCAACUGGAUUCAGCUGUGGAAGAAGUUUCAUUGCAAGAUAUUAAUAUGAAGAAAGCAUUCAAAAGUUGUACAAUACAGGAUCAACAGGUUGUUUCAAAGAACAGCAUUCCCAAUCCUGUUGCUGAUAUUUAUAAUCAGAGUGACAAACCACCUCCACUGAAUAUCCUCACAUCAUACAGAGAUGAUAAAAAAGAUGGCUUAAAAUUUUAUACUGAUCCUUCUUAUUUCUUUGACCUCUGGAAAGAAAAAAUGUUACAAGAUACAGAGCAUAAGAGAAAAGAGAAGAGACGACAGAAGGAUCAAAAACGUAUAGAUGGCACAACUCGUGAGGUGAAAAAGAUUAGAAAAGCAAGGAACAGGCGCCAAGAGUGGAAUAUGAUGGCCUAUGACAAAGAACUUAGACCAGAUAACCGGUUAUCUCAGAACGUUUACCCUGGAGCAUCUUCUGAAGGGUCUCUGUCCCCUGAAACUAGAUCCCAUGCUUCAGAUGUAACCAGUUAUUCAUAUCCUGCUACUCCAAAUCAUUCAUUCCAUCAUCAGUUUUGCCAUGUGCCUUCAUGUGGAACAGGAGAUGGAUCUCAGUUUAUGCUUGCAAAGCAGGGCCUUGAACAUGAAUAUAGGUUAUCUUCCACAACAGUGCAACAUGCUACUUUGAAUAGGCCUCAAGAACCACCCCCACCCCCACCGCAAAUCUUAGAUGGUGCUCUGGGCACUGUUGCAUUGAUACCAGCAGACUAUGGGAUGAUUGCAGCUCAGAUGGUGGAUUAUUAUAAUUCUUCUGGAGAACCACCGUCUGCAUCACCGCUUAUGAUUCCUUCUGCACAGACUGCUUUUGUUAGUCCUCUCCAAAUCCCUGUGCUACCUACCCGUUCUGGACUAGUGGCUGGUACUCUGUAUUCUGCUACUCUUCAUCUUCCUUCUACAGGGCAUAUUGUUACAGCUCCUUCUCCUCCUGGCCCACCUCCUCUUCCUCCAGGCCCCCCUGCUGCAGGAUCUUCUCUUUCAUCCUCUCCAUUGCAUACUCCUGCAGUAGCUGAAGUUAAAAGGCAGGAGUCUAUCCAGUCACCCAUCAGUGGUGCUCGAAGUGAUCUUCUUUCUGCUAUUCGGAUGGGAAUCCAGCUGAAAAAAGUACAAGAGCAACGUGAACAGGAGGCCAAGCGUGAGCCAGUUGGAAAUGAUGUGGCCACAAUUCUUUCUCGACGGAUUGCAGUGGAAUACAGCGAUUCGGAUGAUGAAUCAGAAUGUGAUGAAAAUGACUGGUCAGAUUGAAAAUGAAGAUCCAGUACCAAAGCAUUCAAUGUGAACUGACCUAGGAAAUUAUUUAUAGAUUACCCUGGCAGUACUGGUAUAUACCAGUAGUAGAACAAGUAGGCUUACUUGGUGAUGUUCAGAUUGAUAUAAUCCAGUUACUUUAGAUCAGUGUUUCUCAGCUUGGAGAAUUUAAGAUGUCUGGAUUUCAAUGCCCAGAAUUCCCCAGACAGUGUGCUAGCUGGGAUAUUCUGAGAAUUGAAGUCCUGACAUCUUAAAGUUGCCAAGGUUAAGAAAUACUGCUUUAGUGUUUCUGCAGAUGAAAAAAAUGAACUCUUUAUUUUCAGUUUUUGCUGCAUCAUUUGCAGCAAAGCAAGGUUCUUUUGUAUGUAUAAUUAUUUUACUAUUUCAAUAUUACAAGCAAUUACUUUAUCAUGGCAAAGCAAUAUUUUUAACAAUGAAAUGUCAUUGAUUCUUCCACUUUGACUCAUUGUCAUUAACAUGCAAAAAUUGCUAGCAGCUAGUUAUUUCUUCUUUAUAAAAAAAAAACCUCAACAACUCUGUAACUGCAAGAAUCUCAUGAAUGAGUUUCUGUUCACCAUAAUUAUAUUUCCAACUACUCUGGAUCUGGAUCUAUUCAAAUAGCAUAUAUGGAGAAAAAGGUUGAGAUCAGCAUAAAAACUACGGCUGUGUAAAAACCAUCUGGAAGAGUGAUAUAGAAUGAAUCUGAAUGAUUUUGCACAAUCCUGUGGAAUACCAAAUGCCUUCCCUCCUUGCUAAUUUGGUUCAGCUUUCAUAAUCUGUUUUUUAAAUUCAUCCAGUUUACAUUGAGCACAUUGACCUUAUGGUUCAGUGAAUAAUAUAAUUGAAUUUAUAGAUAUAUUUAUGAAUAGUUGGGCUCCAAAGAUAAGAUCGAUUAACCACCCAGGCUCCUCUUACACCAUUAUUAUGGGUUAAUGGCCUCAUUUAUUAUUGGUUUCCUCAUAGAAAUAAAUCCUUAAUUAUUGAAAUGUGUGUUCCAGAUUGAGUAAUAUAAUUUUCUUACUUCUCAUGCGUUAUUUAAAGAGCUGCUUAUAUUACAUAUAAGAAGACUCAUAAUGCCUUUGGCCAGCUUAUAAAAAUGAACUGGAGUCAGCAUUUAAAAAAUGGCAGUUUCUAUUUACAUUUUAUGUCUACCUUAAUUUACUUUAUACUUUUCAAUUACUUUGGAAUUACUCAGGGUUGAAAACAGAAUGGGAUGCCUCUAUUCAAGGUACUGUUUUUGUAUUAUUAUUUUUAUUUAGAUUUUUUAAUCCCACCUUUAUUAUUUUCAUAAGGAGGUGAACGUUCCUAAUACCCCCUACUCUUCCUAUUUUCCCCCAGCAACAACCUCUGAGGUAAAUUGGGCUGAGAGAGAGUGACUGACCCAAAGUCAUCCAGCUGGCUUUUGUGACUAUGGCAGGACUAGAAUUCACAGUUUUAUUGUUGCUUUCAAAUAUCUGAUUCUAUGAAACAGUGUUAUCGUGUUUUGAGGGAAUAAAGUUAGCACUGGCCAGAAAAUGCCCUUUUCUAUUUUUCCUAUUGUUUUAUUAUAGCUGGCAGAACAAAGGAGCAUCCGCUCCUCAAAUCUUGCAAGAUAGAACAAGCUGCUAAAUCUCCUUUGUAGUGGGUAAACUACCACCAGUUUUCACUUACUAAAUCUCAGGCUAAACAUGUAAGAAUCCAGAGUUAAGGGACUGAACAUUAAAAGUACGAUUGGUCUAUUUUUUUUAGAGUUUCAGCCAGUUGUUAAUUCUCUUGUUCCUAUUAUUUCUCACUUGCCUAGAGAAAGCAAGACACGGUAUAUAUCGCAAGCAUUAAAUGCCAGGUCAGUUAAUAAUAAGGCUCCCUUUAUUUACGGUCUCAUUGGAGGAGAGCAGGCUGACCGAUAUUCAUCAUCAAAACCUGGCUGACUCCAGAAGGGAGAGUUCCCCUCUUAAACUUAUGUCCAGCUGGAUUUAGGGCUUUGCACACUAGUCAAGACCCAGGGUAGACAAGGUGGAGCAACAAUAGUCAUGCGAGAAUCUCUUUUGGCUUUUAGGUGCCCUGCUCCACAAAUUUCCAUUUGUAAAACCCUCUCUUGAAACUGGGCUCAUGGGAUGGGAUCAUGGGAUUGUUGCUACUAUACCAAUUUCCCUGCUGUGUAACCACCUCCCUGCCUGUGCUGUUGCAGGCCAUCACAAUGCAUGAUAUUGUGCGGGUUCAGCUCCUUUCUCCAAGGUUGAUCUCAAUAUUGCUAGGGAGUGAGAAGUCCAACUAACAUCUGUUCCUUUGUGGAGUUGCUCAGGGCUUGAUACUCUGUUGUACACCAGUUGUGCCCUUUCCUGGAUUAUGAAGCCCUGCACUCAGCCUUGGACUACUGCAAUGUGCUCUACAUGGGGCUACCAUUGAAGAAUAUUUGGAAGCUUCAGCUGGCACAAAAUGCAGCGGCACAGUUUUAGGAGCUCCUACAGUGCUCAUGUUGCACAAGCUGCAUUGGUUGCCGGUUUGCUUCCAAAUUUAUUUAUGUAUUUAUUUAAGAAAUGUACUUGGCAUCUGUUCCUGUCUGCCUCUUACCUUUAUCCCCCCUCCACCCUCCAGAUUAUUCCUUUAAAUGGGAGAUGUUAUGUCAUUAAUGUUUUCAACAUUGUGCAUCUGGUAGAUCUCAUUAGUGAGAUACAGUUCACUUUUCACUUUACCCAUUGCUGCAGAAACAACUUGACCAAAUACAGAUAGUUCUCACUUAACCAAUUGCUUGUUUAAUGGCUGUUCAAAAUUAUAGUUGUGCUGAAAAAGGAGAGUUAUAACUGGUCCUCAAAACUCUGGCUGUCACAACAUCGUUACAAUUAUGUAAUUGCAACCUGGGUUCAUGGCAACUUUAUAAUGGUCACUGCAUCCCACAGUCAUGUGAUUGCAAUUUGUGACCUUUACAGUUGUCUUCUGACAAGCAGUCAGUAUGGAAGCUGGCAAGAAGUUGCAAGUUGUAGCCACAUGUCAUUGCAUUUAACAACUAUGAAUGUUUUACUAACAAUUUCAGCUGGAAUUGCCAUCGUACGUUGGGCACAAUCAUAUUACUUUUAUUUUUAUCUAUUAAUUACAGUUACGUGGCUGCCCACCUCACAAGAAGCAACUCGAUUUUUCACUUUGUGAUUGUAUCUCUUAGUGGCAGAAUUGCUCAUGUCCUUUUUGAUCUGUAAGUGAGCAUUACCUAUAAAUUUGGUAUCAUAAAUAGAUAAUAAAAAAAUAGUACCUUAAAUAUUUCAACUAACUCAUUAAAACUCUGAACUUCUGCAUAUUGAAUAGAAUGAGUAAAGAGUACAGUCACUUUUUUUAAAAAAACUUAUAAUACUAAGAUCUUUAAAUUUAGAUUUGAAAUAUGGGAAUAAUCAGCUCUUACCCUUGCAUGUGGAAAUAAACAGAACUAUACAAAAAAGAUGUGAGCAUAAUUGAUCUGGAGGAUGGUCUAUCUGGUAGUGAAUUCUUUGGUGUCCCAGAAUUCCAGACUCCAGAAUUUUAAAAAGCAAAGAUGUACAUUCCCAUCUAUGAAUAUAAUUAACAUGUUCUCUGCUUCUACAUAAUAUGCUGAAUCCUGAAACAUAAUUUUGGUUUGCUAGGGGUUACUUCUGCUUCCCAUAAUAAUUUGGUACUCUGAUAUUUAGAAUAAUGAUGGAUUUAUCACCUAUGCAUUUAUUGGAUCCUGACGUAUCGAAUGCAUCAUAUGUACUAUGUAUCCUGCAACAUUAGUAAUGGACAGGAGAAAACAUGCUCCUUUGGUUGAAGAAAGGUAGGUAUGCAAGAUAGGCAUGGGACUGUUUUUCCUUUUUUGAUGUCAAGUAAUGAAAUUGUUAAAGAAAAUGAUUCUGGUACUAAAGUUUCUUCUAUUAUAGAUUUAUUACAGUAUAUUUUAGAAGCAAAUUAGCUGUAUUUUGAAUUAUUUCUAAACUAUUGAGUAAUUAUUUCUAAACUACUAAGUAAGUUAUUUGUAGUUAAAAAUACUUCGUAUUUAGGUGAAUCGCUUGUUUGCUUUUAACCUGAAAAUAUUUUUUCAUCUCUUUUCAGUAUUUGAUCAAUAAAAUGUAAAUUAACAUGACUGAUCUAAGUUUACAAUUUAAACAUUUUGUCUUUGUAUAUCUGUCUUGGGUUAUAUAAAAAUAUUAAUAAAGUUUACAUUUAAACUUUUCUUUUAAAUUCUAAAGGUACUUAAAAUUUCAUUUGAUUUCAGCUAAUAGAAUAUGG